AUGCCGCCGAGAAGUGGCAGCGUCAAGCGGCUUUUCAGCAGCAAUUUGGCAGCAGCACCUCUUGAAUACGCCGCUUUUCGGCAGCAUUUCGGCAGAUGCUUGUCCGCUGGCCAGUAUGCGGAAUCUGUUCCCAUUUCUCUCCACUAUAGGGUGGUCAAAGAGGAGAUUUCAGACGACAAUGCGAAGCUGCCUUGUUUCAAUGGGAGAGUCGUCUCCUGGCUGGUGUCUUCGGAGACCCCCCAGCCCGAGCCGGUGCCGACUCCCGUGGAGACCCGACCGGAGCCCUCGCCCCCACCGCCCCCCCUGCCCCCGCUGCCCGUGGAGAGGACUAGCGGCAUCGGGGACUCCCGGCCCCCCUCCUUCCACCCUAACAUCUCGGGCAGCCGGGAGAACCUGGAGCACGAGACGGAGACAGAGUCAGUCGUGUCACUGCGGAGGGAGAGGCCGCGGCGCCGAGAGAGCACGGAGCAUGGUGGCGGGCACCGGCCAAAUGGCCAGUCGCGGCUGGAACGACACCUGGCCGGGUACGAGAGCUCGUCCACCCUGCUGACCAGCGAGAUCGAGACCACCAGCCUGUGCGACUCAGAUGAUGACGACACCAUGAGCAGGUUCAGCAGCUCCACGGAGCAGAGCAGCGCCUCCCGCCUCCUCAAACGCCACCGGAGGCGGCGGAAGCAGCGCCCCCCGCGCCUGGAGCGGAUGUCUUCCUUCAGCAGCGUCACCGACUCUACCAUGUCGCUGAACAUCAUCACGGUCACGCUCAACAUGGGUAAGGGUGGCGGGGGCUGGGGCUGCCGCCACAGAGAAGGGGUCGGCUCACUUUGUGUCGCUCUUUCCCGACAGGUGAACGACAUUAACUUUGAGAACAUGAGCAACGACGACGCCGUCAGAGUCCUGAGGGAGAUCGUCCACAAGCCGGGCCCGAUCGUGCUGACGGUGGCCAAGUGCUGGGACCCUUCCCCCCAGGGGUACUUCACGCUGCCCAGGAAUGAGCCAAUCCAACCCAUCGACCCGGCUGCCUGGGUCUCCCACUCGGCCGCCCUGACCGGCGCCUUCGCCGCCUACCCCGGCAGCAGCUCCAUGAGCACCAUCACCUCCGGGAGCUCCGUCGCCGAGAGCGAGCGCUUCGACGAAUUCAACCUGUCGGUCCACACGGACAUGGCAUCCGUCACCAAAGCCAUGGCCUCCCCGGAGUCGGGGCUGGAGGUUCGCGACCGCAUGUGGCUGAAGAUCACCAUCCCCAACGCCUUCCUGGGUACGUCGGCCACCGGGGGGCGCCGCUCGGCCAGGCGGAGGGUCGGCGUCGAGAGCGGGCCCUGCCCUGGGGCCAGCCCCUGCCAGGGGAGAGUGCCCCCUGCUGGCCCCACAGGGAGCCGGAGCAGCGGCUCGAACCGGAGCGACGGGGGCGGUGGGGGCCGGGGCAAGGCCAAGGAUGAGAAGGUGGCCCCCGACUCCAAGUCGGGCAGCGGCAGCGAAUCAGAGUACUCGACCCGCAGCAGCCUGCGGCGGGCGGAGCCGGGGGGCGGAGCCGGUGGGGGAGGCCCCGCCCUGGCAGGGGGCGGGGCCGAGGUGGGCGGCGCCCCCCAGCGGAGCCACCACAGCUUGGUGAGCAGCCUGCGCUCCCACCACUCCUACGGGCCCCCCGGCAUGCCCCUGCCCUACAACCCCAUGAUGGUGAUGAUGAUGCCCCCCGGACCCCCCAGUGCUGGCCCCGCCUCGGUGCAGCCGCCCGGCGCCCCCCCGGUCCGCGACCUGGCCUCGGUGCCCCCCGAGCUCACCGCCAGCCGCCAGUCCUUCCACAUGGCCAUGGGGAACCCCAGCGAGUUCUUCGUUGACGUCAUGUGACCUGCUGGCCGCCGAUGGUCACGUGACGCCGCCCUCGCGCCGUGAGACGCCACGGGACCGAGUCCUGGCCAUGUGACUCGAUCCAUGGCUGCCUUGAGGUCAUGUGACCUCCAUCUCACGGAGCCAUCUGAUGCCACGUGACCAACCCAGCCGCCCGUGGUGACGUGUCACGUGACCCAGCCCGUAAGCACCUCAACCUCAUAUGACCUCCUGGCCACGUUACCUUGAUGUCCCGUGACCUCCGUCCAAGCAACGGAGCCUUGAGAAGCCGCCUGACCGAACUCCUGGCCAUGUGGCUAUCACUUGUUGCCUUGAGGUCACGUGACCUGCCGUCCACACAGAGCCUUCAGAUGCCAUGUGACCGGCCGGUAUCAUGUGAUCUCCCUCCACGCGACCCUUUUUGGGGGUCACGUGAUUCAGCCUUGAGCUUCCUUGACCUCUAGCCACAGAGCCUUCUGGGGUCAUGUGACAGCCUGUAGCAACCUUGACAGCGGGUGACCUCCAGCCAUGGAGCCUUCCAGGGUCGUGUGACUGAGUUGGUGGCCACCCAUGAUUGCUGGACCAGGCAAGUCAUGUGACCAACACCCCUGCCUGGUUCCCCUGUGAUCAUGUGACCCCCCCCCCACCACGUCCCUGACAUCAGAUGGGCUCCGUGAACCAAGUCUUCCACCAACACGUGACCACAUGUGGUCCUACGUGACUCAGCCUUCCUGUCCUGUAGUUGCCUUGAUGUCACAUGACUGGUGCGUGGUCAGGUGAUUUAGUGUCCCCAGGCCACCUGUCAGCCUUUUCAUCUCCCGUGACCCACCGCCAGCGGCCACGUGAGUCGCCAGUUCUAGUCAUGUGACAGCCUUCCGGAGCCACGCCUUUCUUAAAGCCACAUAACCGCGCAUGGGGUCCCGUGAACCACAGCUGGGGAGCGAAGCCAGGACUGGGAGCUUUCUCUCCAGUUUUGGGCCCUACUGUCCGAAACCAGCUCCCCCCAUUGGUACUGACACACCCCCCCGGCUCCGCUCGGUACCAGCCACCGCAGCCCCGGUGUGGAUGAAGUGACGAGAUCUUUUUUUCCUUCCGAAAAGAUCCUUUUUUUAAUAUCUUUUUUUAUUAUCGAUUUAACAAAAAAACACGUUAUUUGAGACAUUUUUAUAAACGUUCUUUUUAUUAAAAAAAAUGCACAGUUUUUGAAAGGUCCCAUUUUAUCCUCCCCGGCCCCCCAAACUUGCAUAAUCAGGGUGUCUGAGAUGGGGGGUCCAGUUACCCCGCUUCCGACCCCCCCUCCCCCCAGCGAGCUAUGAUCCCUCUCCGCCUGCAGGCGUGGUCAGUUGACGACCUUCCCUCGACUCCUUCCUCCCCCCCCUUGCACUUGGGGGGCACCCCCUCCCCCCGAUGCACCUGGCCGAUAUCGACCGCUCUCGUUUAAACCAGGCUUGGGGUGCUCGGGGUGGGGCAGGGGUGUUUCUGACUGGGAAGGCAAGACCACUCGAGGUUGGAUAGUUGGGGGGGAUAUUCCUGAUCCGCCCCUGUUGCCUGGGGGGCUCUGAGUUGGCUCGGAUCACCCCCAAGGGGUGGUGAUUGUUACAUCAACACACAGCAUAUGUAACCCCCCCACCGUGAAUGGUGUUGGGGGUCCCCCUUACCUCCAGCCCCUCACAUAGGCUGUGUACCCCUCCUAAUGGCAAGUGGGGGGGGCCUCUCCAGCCCCCCCUACAUACACUACCUACCCCCCAUACAUGGGGCUGGGGAUCCCCAUUUCUCUAGCUCUGCACAUAGGGUACAUACCCCCCCCCCCGUAAAUGGUGCUGGGGUCCCCCAUUUUUCUAGCAGUGUGCCCCCCCCCGCUGAGGGGCGGGGGCAUGGUAGCAGAAUCCUAUUUUGAAUAAUGUAUUUAUUUUUAGCUCUUUGUGUAUGAAAAGGACAAUAAACCUAUAAAAAUAAAGCAAAA